AUGGCGAGUAAUUCAAUUCAUAACUUAAAUACUGAUUUAUUCUUCAUUGAAGGGCAAGAACUUAUAAAAAAUGAAUAUGACCCAAUUAAUAAAGAACAUUGUGAAAUGGAACAUGUCGUCGUUAAAGAAGAAAUACUUGAAGAAACUGAAAAAAUGGAAUAUGGCUCAAUCUCAAUUAAAAAAGAACAAAGUACAAUGGAACAUGUAGCUGUUAAAGAAGAAAUACUUGAAGAAACUGAUUCUAUGAUGGAGCAUGGAUGUGAUAAAACAUUUACGAUGAAAUGCAAUUUAAUUACACAUAAUCGAACUCACACUGGGGAUAAACCGUUUUCAUGUGAAAUUUGUGAUAAAUCAUUUACUCAAAAAAGUGGUUUAAUUAAACAUAAUCGAACUCAUACUGGAGAAAAAGCAAAACCAAAAUAUUGUACAAUGGAACACGUAGCUAUUAAAGAAGAAAUACUUGAAGAAAGUGAUGAAAUAGAAUAUGGCUCAAUUAAUAAAGGACAUCAUGCAAUGGAACAUGUAACUGUUAAAGAAGAAAUACUUGAAGAAACUGAUAAAAUGGAAUAUGACUCUGUUAAAGAAGAAAUACUUGAAGAAACUGAUUCUAUGAUGGAACAUGGAGCAAUUAUUUUAAAUGACCCGUUAAAUAUUAAAGAUGAAAUAUUUGACGGAAACGUUUUAGACAAAACAUUUAACCGAAAGCAAAAUUUGAAUGAAACUUCUACAGGUGCAAAACCUUUUUCAUGUGACGUGUGUGAUAAAACAUUUACGUUGAAAUGCAAUUUAGUGACACAUAAACGAACUCAUACUGGAGAGAAACCAUUUUCAUGUGAAAUUUGUGAUAAAUCAUUCACUCAGAAAAGCGUUUUAAUUAAACAUAAUCGAAUUCAUACUGGAGAAAAACCCUUUUCAUGUGAAGUGUGUGAUAAAUCAUUUGCUGAAAAAAGCGAUUUAAUUCGACACAAACGAUCUCAUACUGGAGAAAAACCGUAUUCAUGUGAAAUUUGUGAUAAAAAUUUUUAUAACAAACAUUAUUUAACUGAACAUAAACGAACUCAUACUGGAGAAAAACCAUUUUCAUGUGAAGUGUGUGAUAAAUCAUUUUCUUAUAAAAUCGUUUUAAUAAAACAUAAACGAAUUCACACCGGAGAAAAACCGUUUUCAUGUGAAGUGUGUGAUAAAUCAUUUACUCUAAAAAACCAUUUAAUUACACAUAAACGAACUCAUACUGGUGAAAAACCAUUUUCAUGUGAAAUUUGUGAUAAAUCAUUUACUCAAAAAUGUAUUUUAAUUAAGCAUAAUCGAAUUCAUACUGGAGAAAAACCUUUCUCAUGCAAAGUAGUCAUGUGCCUACGGCGGCAAAAAAAAUGGGGCGGCAAAAAAUUCGUUUCAAUUAUUAAAAAUUUUGGAUCGUUUAAAAUGAGUGAUGGUAGACAACGACUAAGCGGGUAUCAAUACUCUAAAUUAAGAAAAGAGAAAGAAGAGAAAUUGAAAAAAGAUGUUGAUUCAUCGAGAAAAAUCAACGACUUUUUCAAAUCGUCAACAAAAGAGGUUGAAUUAUCGGAUGAAUUCACCAUCCCCGUUCAAGGUUAA